GAACAGAAAAAAGGAGGCAGGUAGAGAGACAGCCUUCAGCCUGGUGCAGCCAUCCCGGUGGGACAACCCCAGGCAGGAGCCGCUCGGUGUCCGAGGAUGGCGGGAAGUCACUGGGCUGCGGCUGGGGCCGGAGGUGGGCGGAGGAGGGUCCGGCGCUCUCUUUUUCUCCAGAUACGGAGCCCUACGUGUAGAUCAGUCGCCUCCCGCCCAGGGUGUGAGCGCCCCCUCUCUUCUCAGCCUCCUUCGGCCUCGCCCCUCCCUCUCACAUUUCCAACUCCCAAGGAUAACUUGUCGCUCGCUUCAGACGCCCAUGGCUUCUUUCAGUCCCUGGGACUCGGCUUUCUCCUCUACCUCUGUUGUCUAUUUGUGCAUUUGAUGGUUUCUCUGGGCGCGCCCUUGGAUCUGCUUCUCUCUUGCCUGUUAUAUUCUCUCUCUCUCUCUCUCCCUCUCCCCCACCCCGCUCUUCUCUCUCUCUCUCUCUCUCUCACUCUCUGCUCUCUCCGGCCAUCUGGGCGCUGCUCCUCCGCGCCUCUGGCCUUCCCGCGGCGCGCCAGGCCCAUCUCCUCACCAGCCGCUCUGGGAUCCGACGGCGCCGCGGGUGGGGGCAGGUGAGACGGCCGAGCCCCCCCCCGCGGGCGGAGGCAGGAAGCGCUCGCGCCAAUCCCCCUCCCGGACCCUGUUCUCGCCCGCAACUCCCCGGCGCCAGGGGGACGCAGGAGCAUGAGCCCCUUCGCGCCCCAACGCCGUCGGCGUCGCUGCCCCAGACACAGACACUGCCUCGAGAGGCCUCACAGAGCGGGGGGGGCAGAGGGCGGUGACCCGGAGCCGCCUUAUCCCCCGCCUUGGGCGCCGUCACAGUCCCCAGAAGCCCUGGGCUCCUGCAGUCUACCAGGACGCGCGGCGGACGGCGUGGUUCCGAGAGAGGGCGCCAAAGGCGACAUGCCGGCGGCCAGCUCCAGGCCGAGCCCCGAGCGCCUGCGGGAACAGGCCCCUUCACCCGGCGCGGGACGCAGAGCUGGGCGAGAAUCUUGUUCAGCGCGGACUCAACGCCAGGGCGCCGCCUAGAGGUCGGUUUCUCUCUCGGCCUCACCCGCCGGGAGACCACAAGAGCUGCUUCCCCAGCCGCCCGCCGCCAGAAAUAGGAAAAAAAAAAAAAAAAAAAAAUCCAGCUGGGGUCUAGGAACUCGGCUUCUGGCACCUCUGACUUCUCCGAGACUGUCUCCUCCCUCCCCGCCCCGUAAUGAACCCCGUGAAGGGAGACGGGCCAGGAAGUCCCAGAAAUAUUUAUUCUUGUGACUCUCACAAAAUGGAAGAGGGUCUCAAUUUUUAAGGAUCUUGUGUUCUGCGUCUGUUGUCUACACUGCCUUCUCUCACUAUCCAAAUUGCCAGCCCCCCCUCCAGUUAUGCUAGAACUCUGCUUUAUCUUCAAGGAAGAAAGGGAGUGGGGAGAAGCUACCUCUAAACCCUCCAGCGCGGCCAUCAAUUUUCUUAAUUUGGAGAUCAACAUGCUUUUGGAAAAAUGUUUGGAAAACGUUUGGGGGUGAAAAGAAAUGUUGCCUAACUGGCCUUUACUCUCUGAGUGACCAUCAUCUCAGCUAGUUAGUGUAUGAGCGGCACCAGCACCCCGGCCAUGGGGGUCCGUGCUGAGCUUCUGAAAGUUGACUUCUCCUUUGGGGAGCCCUCGGAAAGACACAGCUGGUAUCUGUGGGAACGGCUUUGGGGUGUCCUUUGGCACCAUACAGAGAAUUUUAUUUUUUUUAACUGGAAUCCAUGGCCUGGGUUCUUGGGAUGGGGGUAGGAGGAAGCCACAAACCCCCUGGAAAUGUAUGCAAAACAUAUGGGUGUGCAGGUGCAUCAUCAUAGGGCUAUAGUCUCUUCAGUUUUUCCUAAGAGUCUAAGACUAUAAAAGAUUUCCAUCUCCUUUUCUCAGCCAGGGAGCCACAGCGACCCAGGCCAGCAACAGGCUGGGAACCAGCACACCGACCGGCCCCCACCAGGUGCCUGGUAGGUGAUGGGUAAUAACACUCUUGAAUGGUCUGGAAACUGCUGGCCCCUCAGUCCAGCCCUCCUCCCAGAGGGAAAUCCUGAUAGAAGGAGUGACAGCCAGUAGCUGCCAUCUCAGUAUUUUGAAUAAAAAUAUAACAUGAUAAAGAGCAAAUGAGAGAGGUUGGAGGGGCCUCCCCAUGCAAAUCCUGGAAUAUGAAUGUUGGCCAGAAAUAAGAUACUUCCUGUCCUCCAGCAGUUAAAGAGCUCCCCACUUCCUCCCUCUUGGUGCUGGGAAGGGGCCAGAGGGCACGGCCCCCAAACCACCACCCACCUCUGGAGAGCUGGAGCAGAGUGGGAUUGCCUGCAGCAGAGUUAGCCCUUCAGAAAAUUCAAAACCUGUACUGCCUAGUAUUUUCCCUGCCUGUUUCUUUUUUUUUUUUUUUUUUAAAUCAGAUUUUUAAAACAUCCAGCAGCACUUUGGUGCCUUUUCUUGGGGUUGGGGAGUGGGGUUAUCUAUGUGUGUAUCUAUGGGAAGGUGGAUGCCUUCAGUGCACUAAACCCCCUCCUGGGCCUGCAGCUGGACCUCACUCCUGUACCUGAACACUCUGCCUCAGCCUGAGCUAAUCUUAGCCAUCCAUUGUGUCUCAAAACUGAACUCGCGGUGUUUUGGGGUGAAUAACUGUGAGGCAGGAUGGAGAACCUUUUGCUCUCCCAUCCAGAAAGGCACCUAACCAGGCCCCUGGAGCAGACAAAAGGAGCAGGACGUCAAUCACUUUGCUCCCAGUUCUCUGAAGCCCAAGAUGAAAAGGGAUUGUCCUUCAUUUUGGUUCGGAGGCCUAGUAGAGAAUUUGGAUUCCACGAAGUUUUGAACAAAGUAAAUGGUUCAGAGCAGGCAAAAACUAUGGAAACUUGA